AGGAAAGAGUUUUACAAGAGAGUAGGGAAAGCUUGGAAGAGGGGUUACUUGCUGUACGGACCACCCGGAACAGGGAAGUCUAGUCUUGUCGCAGCCAUGGCUAACUACCUAAAGUUUGAUGUUUAUGAUCUUCAGCUAGCCAGUGUGAUGCGUGACUCUGAUCUAAGGAGGCUUUUACUAGCCACACGUAACCGCUCCAUUCUUGUCAUAGAAGAUAUCGAUUGCGCAGUGGAUUUGCCAAACAGAGUGGAGCAGCCGGUUGAUGGCAAGAACCGUGGCGAGUCUCAGGGACCAUUGACGUUGUCGGGGCUGUUGAAUUUCAUAGACGGACUAUGGUCAAGCUGUGGAGACGAGCGGAUUAUAAUAUUCACAACAAACCAUAAAGAUAGGCUUGACCCGGCAUUGCUACGUCCGGGUCGUAUGGAUAUGCACAUUUACAUGGGACAUUGCUCUUUCCAAGGAUUCAAGACUUUAGCCUCCAACUACUUGGGUUUGAACGAUGCCACAAUGCCACACCGUCUCUAUCCGGAGAUUGAGCGUUUGAUCGACGGGGAGGUAAUCACGCCGGCGCAAGUGGCAGAGGAGCUGAUGAAGAGCGAGGAUGCUGACGUGGCUCUUGAGGGUUUGGUGAAUGUUUUAGAGAAAAUGAGGUUAAAAUCCGAGGAAUCGAAUCCGGUGAUGAUGAAGAAGAAAGAGAGUAGAUUGGAGAUGGAAGAGAUGAGCAUAAGGCGUGAUACAGAGGGUUCUCCGAGGAAGAACAGCAAAAGAAUUAAGAAACUUGUUCUGUUUUGGACCUAAUCGUGUGUUACAUGAUCCAUUAGUUCAAAUGAGAUUAUGAGGGAACAAAAAAAAAAGUAGACGUAAGAGGCUAAUUACAACUCUAAGUUAAGUUCAAAAGUUUGGAAUUCUCUGAGAUAUGAUGAUAUAAGUUGAAUGUUUUCUUCAGAAAUUUCUCAUAUGUUUAUUUUGUAGGGUUGCAUGUGAACCAUUAAUGUAAGAGGCAUUAUGAAA